AUGAGGGUCAAACUCCCCGUCGUCUGCCUGCUGCUCCAAGCCGCCACCAUCGUCCUCUUCGCCGUCUUCGUCCGCUACGACCACGAGACCGACGCCAACGCCUGGCACCGCCAACUCAACGCCAGCACCACCGACGCCGACAACGACUUCUACUACCGAUACCCCAGCUUCCAAGAUGUCCACACCAUGAUCUUUAUCGGCUUCGGUUUUCUGAUGACCUUCCUGAAACGCUACGGUUUUAGCAGCGUGGCGUUCAAUUUCCUGAUCGCAGCCUUUGGUCUCCAGUGGUCAACGCUCAUUCAAGGCUUUUUCCAUGGCUUCCAUGAUGGCAAAAUCCACGUUGGCAUUGAGAGUAUGAUCAAUGCGGACUUCUGCACUGGAGCCGUCCUUAUCUCCUUCGGAGCCGUCCUUGGCAAAACCAGUCCUUUCCAGCUGAUCGUCAUGACCCUCUUUGAAGUGACGCUUUUUGGAAUCAAUGAGUUUAUUAUACUGAACAUCGUUGAGGCCAAAGAUGCUGGUGGAUCUAUGACCAUUCAUACAUUUGGAGCGUAUUUUGGCCUGGUGGUCUCACGGGUGCUUUACAGGCCACACCUGGAUAAGAGCCGCCACCGGGAGGGGUCAAUGUACCACUCUGACCUUUUUGCAAUGAUUGGAACCAUCUACCUGUGGAUGUUCUGGCCCAGCUUCAACUCCGCCGUCACAGCUCAUGGUGACGACCAGCAUCGGACGGUGUUGAACACCUACUACUCCCUGGCCGCCUGUACGCUGGCCACGUUCGCCUUCUCCUCUUUGCUGAAUGGUGAAGGAAAGCUUGAUAUGGUCCAUAUUCAGAACGCUGCAUUGGCAGGUGGUGUUGCAGUUGGCACGUCCGCAGAGAUGAUGUUGACUCCGUUCGGUGCUAUGAUCUCUGGAUCCCUAGCUGGGAUAGUCUCUGUCCUUGGAUACAAAUAUUUGACACCCAUCCUGGAUUCCAAGCUGAAGAUUCAGGACACGUGCGGGGUCCACAAUCUGCAUGGCAUGCCCGGUGUGCUGGGGGCGAUGAUAGGAUCCAUUGUAGCUUUUACGGCGACGGCAGACGUCUACGGUGGCGGGAUGGAUGAUGUUUUCCCAUUGAUCGCUGAAGGGAGUCGCACGGCCCAUUCCCAAGCUUUGUACCAGUCCCUGGCCUUGAUGGUGGCUUUGGCCUUUGCCCUGGUUGGGGGACUUAUUGUAGGGUUCAUACUGAGGUUGCCCUUCUUCGGCUCCCCAUCCGAUGCUGAAUGUUUUGACGAUUCCCUCUACUGGGAGGUGAGUGUUUUAUGGCAAGCACUUCAAAAAUAUAUAUGGAACUUCCCAAGCUGCCAAAGUACAUAUACUGCGUCGGGGGGUGGCGCGUGCAGGCAAAAUCAUAUACAUGGACGUCAUUGUGCCUGUUCCGGUUGA